UCCCAUUAGUAGUGAAGCAAAAAUCAAACAAAUUACUUACAACUCAAAUAGAAAGUGUAGAGAGAGAAAGUCAUCAAGAAAGAGAAGUAGAUCGGACCGCUAGCUUUUCCGGCUUUGAUCUAUUUCAUCAUCUGUCUACCAUGCGUCCUCUGUCUCCGUCAGCUCCACCUCCAGGUUGGAUGAGUUCCUAUGGGACUGAUGAAGAAAUCUUUUUGGUCCUCAACCAGAUUAACCGUGGAUCGCCCAUCCCUGAUGAUUUGAUUGAGGAUAAUCCCUAUAAGUAUGAUCCUUCAAAUUUGCCAGAUGGAGCAUGGUUCCUAGUAAGAAAAACUGAGGAAAAAUCGACGGAAUAUGGACUCUGGAGAGUAAAAGAUUCAGCCUGUGAAAUAUUUGCAAAUUCUGACAUCAGUGGUUGGAGAACCACUUUUGAAUUCUUUCUAGUCCAAGCCUCUAUCGAACAGAAAACUGUCUGUAUAAUGCAUGAGUAUAAAGUAACACCGAAAGGGCAGCAUGAUCUGACCAAGUCACAGGACGAAGUACGUCACCUAUUGGGAUAUGUUAUCUUGAUCCCAUCAGUUAACCCCGACACUAGCGGUAAUGAUGGGCAACGUUCAAUUGCUGAACCCCAGGUAAACAGACAGAUAGAAGGGGCUGGGUCAUCACUUGUUGACAAAUCGAUAGAUCAGUUUGUUGAUGAUAAAGAAGCUGAGAUAGAUUGCAUUAUACGAGGGGACUACCUGGAAUUGGAUGAUCUUAUUGAUGGAGCAUCACAUGAUUCGUCUAGUUCGGAGAAUACAAGUCGCCAGAGCUUUGCAUCUGAUGAAUUUUUCAACUCUCGGGCACUUCUUGCAGAACUGGAUGAUGAGAAGAAGGAAGAUUUGAGUGGAAAAGGUUCGACCAGCAAUCAUUCCAUAAUGAUGUGUCAAAUAGCAAAUGAUGUAGUUGUGCAGCCUGGACCUUUAGGGUUUCUAAUCAAAGGGAGUGACGCUAAAGCCAAAGAAACUCAACAAGCUCUUGAUAAUGACAAAUCCAAAUGUCAAGAUCAGGCUGCUAAGAAGCUGAAGGCUGAGCGUACGGAUGAAGGUCCAUCACAUGCUCGUAGAGCGACAACAUCUUCCAGCAGCAGCAACAGCAGCAGUGAUGAACCUGGACGUGCAGCUAGAAGGGAGGCGAAACGUUCGAAGAAGCUCAUGAAGUUCCUGUGUUUUAUGCCUUUCUAGUUUCUAGAUCCUUGCUGUUACAACUUUCACUAGUAGUUGAUGAACACAUGCAAGCAGCCUAGAACAGUAGUUUAACCAAAAAAAAAAAAAAAAAGGAAUUUAACCAAAAAAAAAAAAAAAAAAAAGAGGAGAAGGUGGGUGUGUAUUUGAUAUUUUAUGCAUUAGACCAAAUUUUAAGCUUUAUGAUAAGUUUAAGAUUUAGAAUAGGAAAGUAAUUCUCUUUAAUACAGAUGAAAAAUUGGAACAUUACUCAUUUGUAAUAUUAAGAGACCAGCAUUAGAGUACUUUUUAUAAUUUUAUAGCUCUUCAAAUG